CUUCCUCUUUGGUUCAUCUCCAAAGCCAUUCCUCUAUCUAGCAAGAUAAGUAACUUUAUGCUCUUUCCACUUUAUAUUACCUUACCAAAUAUAAUAUAAGAUUGUUUUGAUAAUAUUUUCUUAUCAAUUUUGCAAUGCUUAGCCUUCACUAUUGUGAGUGUUUCUAAGUAUAUGAUCUUUGUGUUAAAACUGGUUUAAAAGGAAUUUAAAAUAGCCUCUAAAGUGUUUUGUUUUUUCUUUUGAAGGAAAUAUCGCUCUUCGGCUAUUCUUUUAAUCUUUUUAUCCGUAAUUAUGAUAAAAUUACUAUUGCUGUCUCUUUACUUUCACUUUCGAGUUUUAACUCCACGAAAGAAGAAGGAUAAAAAAGGGGAAAGAACAGGAAAGAAGAAAGGCAUGCUUGCUUUUCAGGUAAAGCUCGACGGUAUGUCCGUUAAAACGAUACUAAGCCCCCUGAUCGCGAAAAUCUAAGACAGGGUUUGCACUUUUGCCGGUGAUCAAAGACAAGAUAUUUAGCGAAUUCAUGGGUUUUAGAAGAAUGGGUUGGCAUGAGCUACUUUGGAUUGGAAGGGUGCUUGUUCUUAUGCUAUUAGUUCAUGGGGUAAUUGGUUGGGGAAAGGAGGGUCAUUAUGCUGUUUGCAAGAUAGCUGAGGGAUAUCUUACUGAAGAUGCUUUGGCUACAGUAAAGGAACUGCUCCCGGAUUCAGCUAAAGGUGAGCUUGCAUCUGUAUGCUCCUGGCCUGAUGAUAUAAAGUGGUACUACAACUGGCACUGGAGUAGUUCCUUACACUAUGUUGACACCCCAGAUUUCAAGUGUAACUAUAAAUACUGGCGUGACUGCCAUGAUCUUGCUGGACAUAAAAAUAGUUGUGUAACUGGAGCAAUUUUCAACUAUACAAGGCAACUCUUUUCAGCAUAUCAGGACUAUAAGCCCAAGUUGAAAUACAAUUUGACAGAGGCACUUAUGUUCUUAGCUCAUUUUAUGGGGGAUGUCCAUCAGCCAUUACAUGUUGGCUUCACAGGAGAUUUAGGUGGAAAUACAAUUACAGUCCAUUGGUAUCGUAGGAAGACGAAUCUACACCAUGUCUGGGAUACCAUGAUUAUUGAUUCUGCACUGAAGACAUUCUAUGGAUCGGAUCUUGCAAUAAUGAUUCAAGCCAUCCAGAGGAAUAUUACAGAUGCUUGGUCCAAUGAUAUACCAUCAUGGGAAUAUUGUGGACAUCAUCAUACAGUUUGUCCUAACCUGUAUGCUUCUGAAAGUGUUAGGUUGGCAUGUAAGUUUGCAUACAGGAAUGCCACGCCUGGAAGCACCUUAGAAGAUGAUUAUUUCCUCUCUCGGUUGCCUAUUGUGGAGAAGAGGCUUGCUCAAGGUGGGAUUCGCCUUGCUGCAGUGCUCAACCGAAUAUUUACUUCUGAAGUGAAAAUUGCUCGAGCAUGAAGAUAGAUAACCCGAGAGUCAUCUGUAAAAUAUGAAGUAGGGGCCGCUGUAGUAACGUUCAUAGCUCAAAGUGUUCAACACGAGACCUAUGUACCAACAUUAUUAAUCAUUUAUCCCCUUGUUAACUCUUGCAAGGCAAGAAAUGAUAAUGUACUUUAUGUUUAUCGCUGACUCUAGGCCUGUUAUUUUGCUGAUA